GAUGGACCUUGCUUAUUAUAUCCGUGGAUUUGUCUUUUUCUUGCUUAUUACAAGAUGCAACUUGUCAAAGAAAGUUCAUCGCUGCGGACAACAGAUAACGGACCGUAGUGGAACCAUCGUUAGUCCAAAAAACGUCAGAGAUUGUGUUAGAAAUAGGAAGUGCGAUUGGCAUUUUGUAUUUCCUUCCGGUUUCAACGCCUUGAAAUGGAAUUUCACGAGUACUACAUUCCAGACAAAAAAGGACUUGCUAUUUGCGUCCAAAAUCAGUGGUGCUACAAUUCGACACAUAAAUUUUGAUUCAUCAAAUGACUCUAUUUGUUAUGUGGUUCGGACAUCUAAACGCGAAGGAGAUUCAUCAAGAGUCAGCGGGUGUAAAAUUUAUACGGAGAAUGUGACUGAACCAUAUAUAAAUUAUACAUGUGACCCUUCUGCGCUUCAGUUCAAAGUUCACUACGAAUUCAUCAAAUACGCAAAAGAAACUACCACACACACAAAAUCGAGUUUGACAACAACAGCCGCAACUUACAGUUCUUCGUUCGAUGCUCACACUGUUUCAUCAAACCGACAAAUAAGCGUUCAAAGCACAUCCGAAAGUUCGUCAACCGUCAUAGACAAGCAAAACGCAAAACAAAGCUCCACAACAGAUUUGUUGUCAACAAAUAAUAUUAAACACGCAAGCAAAUCAUUGAUCAUUUCAACUCCGAUCGACGACAAGGAAGUAAUGGAAUCCGAAGCACGUACUUAUGGACAUACUUCGCGUACCAAACUGCGUAAAACCAGUUCCUAUCGUCUUAAAACAGAAUACGGAGAGACCAAUCACACAGAAAUUGACACCAAAAUCCUUACUCAAUAUCUAUAUUAUAUCGUCAUUCCACCAUCAGUAGUAAUCGCUGCAUUUCUUGCAGUUGCUGGAAUCCUUGCAAUCUGCAUUUGGAAAAAAAGAAAAUCAGUUAACCUACAAAACACAGAAGUUGCCACAACAUCACCAACGACAACCCCUUUUGCCAGCAUGAUGCCUUCUGCUAUGGCUAUCCCAAAUGUAUACGAAGAAAUUGGUGUUGUCGCUCCCUUUGCUAAUUCAGCAUUAGAAAAUGUUGAUAGAUCUUCUAAUACCCAAAACUGCAAUGUCACAUUUGAAGAAGGAGAGCAAUCCGUGUAUGUGGAAAUGAAUUCUAUUGUCCGGAAUCUCUAGAUUACGAAGAUUAUGCAACAAUAACCAUCGCUUUCUUUCUACAAUUUUUUUUUUCGCGAGGUGUUUACCCUGUUUCCCCGAAAAUAAGAUCUAGCCUGAAUUUCAAAAAUGAUUUUAAU